AUGACUUUGAGUUUUCUAAUUUCUCUUGUUUAUUCUGGCGAAGAAGGGAUAUUCGCAAAAAUAUAUGAUAAAAAAAUAGUUAAUUUUAGUGUCAGUGGCAACUCUUAUCAAUAUGUUAAUGGCACAAAGCGUUUAACAAAGCCAGAAUACGCAAUUUAUCCGUUUGAUAAGCUAUACGACUGGUGUUCCAAUUGCCCACUAAAUUACGAUGAUCACCCAUUCAUUACGUUUUAUGUAGAAAAUCACGAAUUCAAAUUUAAUGGAUAUUUAAUUCGUGCUGGCUGUUGCGACGAAGGUUGCUGCUGCGAUGAUACAUAUUAUGGAUGUGCUUACUGCUGUUUAUACAGUUGGUCAAUUCAGAUUUCGAAUGAUAACCAAACUUGGACAACAGUUCAUUCUAUUGCUAAAGAUGCGAAGAUGAGAGACUGCAAAGAAGCUACAUUCCAAUUUGAAAAGUAUUACGUUGCAAAAUAUGUUCGUCUUAUACAAGAUGAGCGCUGCCCAGGAUAUCCACCUUGUUUAGCCAUCAAUCGUAUAGAUUUCUUCGGAACAGCAUUGUCUUCUGGCGUUGAAGAGGAGUUCGUAUCAUAUCAUGAUGACGAUGAAGAUGUUAGUAUCAUUGGACACAUUUCUAAAAAUGGAAAUGCAAGAUUUAACUAA